AAAGGAAGGAAGGUAGUUAGGAAGAAAAGAGUAAGGGAUAGAGAAAGAUUGGAAAGAGAGAGUGAGAGUGGAGGUUCGAAAAACGUGUUGAGAGUCUCGACGGGGCUGACACCCCGAGUAGAAUAGGUGUCCUAUCGGUAAGAGAAAUAACGAAUCAAGAGGUGUAAGAAAGAGUGAGGAAGAAUUGUGAAGGGGAGUGGAUAAGCGCAAGUAAGCAAGCGAGUAGCAGUAGCAACAGCAGCAGCAGCAGCAGUAGCAGCAGCAGUAAUAGUAUAGAGAGGUGUAGUAUAAAGGGAAAGAAAAGAUAGGAAAGAAAAGGAGGAGAGGAGAGAGGGAGGGAGGGAGGCCGUCGCGACGGACGUCGCUGGACGUCGCUGGACGUCGCGUGGAAGAUACAAGUAAUAAAGUCAAAUCGACGAAACGCUGAUUCUUCCCUGUGUGUCUGAUGAGCUCCUCCGUCGUACCGUUGGUGGUAAGAUGGCUGUGCAGCUGGAUGGAGGAGGGAAGGAGGUCUUGAAAACACAAUUCGCCACGCGGGAAGGAACUUACAAGCUGAUGACCUUGUCAGAAUAUUCGAGGCCGAACAGGGUCGGCUACACCAACAGCCAAGGGAGUGCAUCCGUCAGAGUUUCCUUCGUCACUUUGCCAGACUCUUCGAAUCCCUCAGGGGCUACGCAAGAGCACGACGACCGAAUGUGUUUUAAUUUCGGAAAGGAGCUCUACGUCUACGUUUAUCGUGGUGUCAAAAAGGCAGUGGAUUUGAACAAUCCUGUGGAAAAGAAAACAUAUAAGGGAACUAAUCCGACUUGCCACAAUUUUAAUCAAACUACAGCAACGGCAGAUAGUGCACCAUUAUUAGUAGGAUUUUCUACAGGACAAAUACAAUUGAUAGAUCCUAUAAAACAAGAAUUCAGUAAAUUGUAUAAUGAAGAUAGACUAAUAGACAAAAGUAAGGUAACUUGCAUAAAAUGGGUUCCUGGUUCAAAUAAUCUCUUCUUGGUCUCUCAUAGUUCGGGUCAACUAUAUUUAUAUAAUGAGGAACUUAUUUGUGGAACGACGGCUCCUCACUAUCAGUCAUUUAUGUCUGGCGAUGGUUAUGCUGUAUACGUGUGCAAAGCUAAAUCUACCAGGAACCCUCUGUACAGAUGGGUGAUAGGUGCAGAGGGAUGUUGCAUAAAUGAAUUUGCCUUCAGUCCUUGUGGUUCAAACUUGGCAGUUGUUUCUCAAGAUGGAUUUCUUAGAGUAUUCCAAUAUAAUAAAAUGGAACUUUUAGGAUCUGCAAGAAGUUACUUUGGUGGAUUUUUGUGCGUAUGUUGGUCGCCGGAUGGUAGAUACGUGGUAGUUGGAGGAGAAGAUGAUCUUGUAACUAUUUGGAGCUUUCAUGAAAAACGGGUGGUGGCCCGUGGACAAGGUCAUCACAGUUGGGUGAGCGUUGUUGCAUUUGAUCCAUAUACUACAUCAUACGGAGAUCAAGAUCCUGACUUUAGCGGAUCAGAUGAUGAAACGAUGCCUCAUAAUAACCAUAAUCAUUUUCAUGAAAAGUCAAAUCGUUUGUCAACAAGUUCGCAAGGAGUUCAUUCCAAUAGGAACUCUAGUGGGUCUGAACUGAGAGUGCCAGGUGGUACGUGCUACAGGCUUGGAAGCGUAUCGCAAGAUACCCAAUUGUGUUUGUGGGACAUCACAGAAGAUAUAUUAAGGCAACCAGUAUGUCCUAAGCAGAGACCUUCUGCCGCAGGCUCUACUACCUUCACUUCCUCGGGGACACAUAAUAGCGGUAAUGGCUCAAUGGCUAAUCAUCACUUGAACAAUUCUAAACUGAAUAAUACAAAUAAUAUAAAUUAUAAGGAAAACGUGAGUGGUAAUAAUGAAAGUAGUAACAAUAGCGCGAGUACCAACACAGCAGUGUCGACAGUAAAUUCAUUGACACAGAGGCUAGCAGGUCUUGGUUUUGGUGAACGUAAGGGUGAUAAUCACAAGAGGAACUUCAGCCUCACUAUGAGAGGUAGUGGUGCAUCUAAUAGCACGGUCGUGCAAAACAAUAGUGGGGAAAAAACGAGCACCAACUCGAAUUCGAGUAGUAAUAUGAACAGUGUUGGUGCAAGUUUAGUAGGUGCAAAUAAGAAGGUCAGUUCGGUGUUGGACGAUCCAAUGAGAUUAAUAGGAACUGCCUAUUGUCCGAGGUUCGACGAAUGCCCAGUCCUUCAGCCAUUGGUGUGCAAAAAGCUGGCGCAUGAGAGAUUGACUGAAUUAGUGUUUAGGAAAGAUUGCUUCGUAACCGCGUGUCAAGAUGGAUACGUAUAUACAUGGGCAAGACCAGGUCACAUGCCAGGCAUUGGACAGGUUGGUAAUGCCCUACACGUUGUCAGUCCAGCAGAAGGUGGGGGUACUAUAGUAUAGCCACAGUCUGAUACAAAUGUAGUAUCAAAUCAUCAUGAUGAAUAUGUCCCAUCGUCUUAUACAUUGCAAUUUCCAGAAUUACAACCACACACUCAUUAUCGUCAUUUGUAUUAUGUGUGGCCAAGUGAAAAUUAUUCUAGCAUAGUUCAAUGAUCAUAGAAGAAAAUUGUUAUACGGCUUGAUGCACCUCUCCAUUUAGUAUCGCUAAAAGUCGUGCAUUAUUUAUCAUUUUCUUCAUCUCCUUUACACGUAAGACAAACGAUUUACCGUCAAAUUUAUAUUCAUAAAACCUUUAUAAGAACAUAUUCAUUGGAAAAUGGAAGAAGAAUCAAACUGUAUACAUGUAUAUAUGUAUGCAUAUUCGUGUCUUAUACUGCAGACUUAUACCGUUGCGUCAUUCCACCAAUAGAAAUUUAUUUAUAUAUAAGGGUUUCUAUCGAGAGAACUCUUUCAAUAUUGAAAGUUCCGUGUCUGUGAAAACAUUUGUACUUUUACCAUUCAUUGAAUAUAUACUGCAGUACAGUUUGAACAUAAUAUAUUUAAGAGGAAUAUAAAAGAAUUGAAUAGAAAAUUAUUGUAAUCAGUCAGAAAAAUAUGUAAAUAAGACAAAACUGAAAACUACAUUGAAAUAGAAUAUCUUGAUUUAGGUAUCUUAUUUGUCAAAUAUCAGCAUACAUUUUUCCUAAACAUAGACAAGUACAAGAUAAUAUUGUACAUUGCAAACUUGAAUCUAAUGCCUGCAUUAACUUAAUGUUUUCUUUCAAAAUAGAUUAUUGACGAAGUAAACAAAUAGAUGAUUAAUACCUUUGAUAAAUUUGGAAUGAAAUUUUCUUAAACGAUAAACGUGCUAUGGAAUUAAAUAUUUGAAAGGCUCCUUCUGUUUCAAGUUCUAUGAGGAAUGCCUAUCGCAUAGUGACAUACAUACAUGUACAGUUAGUGAAAAAAAGAUUUUACAAGAAAAAUAAUUUUGUACCUGAGAGCUAUAAGAUAUACAUACAUAGAUGGCAUAUAAUAUGAUCAUUCCAAAAAAAAAAGAACGUUAACGAGAAUUACACGUGAUAGAAACAACAUAAUUAAGUUAAUUUGAUCUAUGGCCUUAAUAUUUAAAUGGCACAGACAAAUGCUUUUAUGCAAAAUUAAUUAGAUCUAUAGAGCAUCAAAUGUGUAUUGCUUUGAUAUCAUUCCAAAUAAACAUUUUAAAUUCUUAUUUUCUAUUAUCUGUGCUUUUCUAGUAUCGUUAACAUUUUGAUAUUAAGAUAAUUUAAUACAUUUAUAUUCUAUCGUAACCUGUAUUACAAAUGCAUAGAAUUUUAAUAUAACACUAUCCAUCUUUCAAAAAUAAUUACUUACAUUUUAUAUUGAUCUUACAUAUGUAUAGUUUAAAUUCCUCUUUACUAUUAUAAUCAAAAGAUUCAUUGCAAGUAGAGAAAAUACAAGGAUAAUUUAUAAAAUAAUCUAACACGAUGCAGUAUUACUGUUUUAUUUUUCAUAACUCGGGGAUAGCUUUUACAUAUAAGUGCUACAAUAUAGUUCUCAGGUGCAGAAGUGUACCACGAUGAGAAGAAAAGAAAAUUCUUAACACAAAAGACCUAGAAGGUAUAUGGCAAAUUUAAAGAGUAAACAGUAUUUCGAACGGAACGUUCUCUAGAGCGAAUGUUAUUUAUUAAUAUAAAUAAUAAUAAUAAUAAAAUAAUAUUAAUAUUAAAUAAUAAUAUUGAUAAAAAUAAUAUUAAAUAAUAAUUAAUAAUUACAAAUAAACAAAAAUAUUUAUAGUAACAUAUAGAGCGAUUAUCCGCAUUGUUAUAAAUGAUUCCUUUUUAUAGCUUGAACAUAACGACAUGUAAAACAAUAAUGUCGACUUUUAUCCUGUGAGGGCAUUUUUUUUAGCAUAUUUACAUUUAAGAAAAGAAGAAGGGCAGAGGAUGAAAUAUGUCGUUAAUAAUUACUGGAAAAACAAAAAAGAAAAUAUGUGUCACAACACUUUCUUUUUCUUUCUGAUUAAAAUAGUACCUAAACUGAUAAGUAUUCGCUAUAAUGUGUAAAAUGUUAAGCUUGGAUGCUUAGCAUUAUUCAUUUGCGAAUUAACAUGAAAAAGAGAGAUUUUGAAUAUUACUGGACCAAACAAGAUUCAUGAUUGCUUUCAGGGACGUGAAAUACAGACACAGGGAUUUUAAAUAAAUGUAUCUUGCCUAUAUAUAUGAAUGGUUACACUCAUGUCUAAAUUGCAUUCCAUAUCUCAAAACAAGAAAAAGAGAGAGAGAUAGAAAGAGAGAAAAAGAAUAGUUCUUUUCACAACAAAUGC